AUGACAUCCGGAUUUUAUGAUAGAAGGGAAGACAAAUUUGGAGAUUUGAAUCUGCCUCAUAGGGGUAUAAAACCUCCUCCAGAAGAAAUGUACAUAGAUCCUCCGUUGCCGCAAAUUCCACCAACCUCAGCACUAAAGUCGGCAGAAGAAGUUCCAGUCGUUCACGAAGAGACACCGACGUCAUUUUUGGACAGAUUCUCAAACACUGCAAUUCAACCGAAACCUCAGCCUGUGCUCAAUCUGGCUGAAUUUGAUGCGGAAGGUUACGUGGCUAAAGGGAAGCUCAAACCUGGCGAGGUAAUUUUGCUCAUAUUUCUUUACUUUACUUUUUGCAUUUUCCCACCAGCUAGAUCUGGGUUUCCUUCUAAAAGCGUCGAAAAUUUUCAAUUAAACUGUUCACCCCUCCCCGUCAAUAGUUCUACACUUCUGGCUGGAAUUUUUUUCAUUGUUUUGUACCAGAUCUCUUCUUCAUUUAAGGAUAAAUAUGCCGCGAAUAAGUUCAACCAAGCAGCUAGCGAUACAGCAUCUGUGAGAAGGGAUAUUAUUGACAGCAGAGAGCAUCACUGUAAAAAAUUAACAUACGACACUUCUGUGCUGGAGCCCACCUCCGUCAUAGUUACAUAUCAUAACGAAGCCAGAUCAACUCUUUUGCGAACUGUAUACAGUGUAAUGCUACGAUCUCCACCUCAUCUUAUUCAUGAAAUUAUACUUGUGGAUGACUGCUCGAAGGAUGAAUCUAUCGGUAAGGAUAUAGCACAACUGGAGAAGGUUACAGUAUUAAGGAACAUCAAGCGCGAAGGUCUUAUUCGUUCUCGAGUGAAAGGGGCUGCAUAUGCUACAGCUCCAAUCCUUACUUUCCUUGAUAGUCAUGUGGAAUGUAAUGUUGAAUGGUUGGAGCCUUUACUUGCCCGCAUAAACGAGAAUAACAAAGCUGUUGUUGCACCUAUAAUUGAUGUGAUCAACAUGGAUACAUUCAACUAUAUCGCAGCUAGCGCUGAUCUAAGAGGAGGUUUGUUGAUUUUUGGAGAUUCACAG